CACCGGAAUGCGUUACUCCCACUGGAGUUCUAAGUUUAAUUGCGAAAAUAAACAUUUGCAUGAGUUUUCGCAACUAUCUAAAGUAGAAAGCAAGCCAUUCAAAUUCGAAACUCAUUUGACUGUGCGAAGUGAGAAAACAUACGAUAAAACCGAUUUACCCAUUGAAUUCAAAGUCUCGCCGGAAAGUCUAGUACACUUAGCCGCUAAAGUUGUCGACCGCUUGCCAUUACCAGACGUCUAUCGAUGGACUAAUGAUGAUGUUUGUAAUUGGUUAAAACGUUUUGGUUAUCCACAGUAUGAGUACACUUUUCGUGCCAACUUAAUCACAGGACGAAAGCUGCUCUUGAUCGACGCAAAAGCGCUUUGUGCCAUGAACAUCAAAAAUUUCAACCAUAUUAAACGAUUAACAAACGGCAUACGUGAACUCUUCUACUUCGAAAUGACUACUUUUAUGCGAAGUAUAUCUUUAGCUCCCCACCAUCAUUAUGAGAUCUACAAACUUUUUCGGACGAAUAGUGGCUAUAAGCACUUGAAGUGCUCCGAUCUUUUGUUUCAACUAAAACUGCUGCGAGAGAAAUCAAAAUACCCUUGUCAUUGGGAUAUACUCGAACAUUGGCUAUCACGGGAGGCGAGCGAUAAGGAAUUGUUUGGUGCUAACCCCUAA